CGGGAGCUAGUCAAUCAACUUUUCUCCCUUCGCGAAGACAAGUUUCGGAACGCCUCGAUCCAGGCAGGUGCGGAGCGGGCAGGGGCGCUAGCUCACGGGCUGAGGUGCGGUGCUCUGCAGCCGGCGGUGCGGAAAAUUUGACCUGAAUCUACAAACCAAUGAAGAAAUGAAAGGACAGAACAUACCAGCUGUCAUUAUCUGUUUAUUUCACGUCAGUGCUACACUUUGGGGUUUUACAGAACAGGAAGUAACAGGGCUGUUUUCCAAGGAUUGCAUCCUCCCUUGUCAUUUCCCAGCUGGGCACGAUGAAGUAAUUCACUGGAAAAAAGAGAACAAAUAUGUGCACAGUUACUACCAGCAGAAGGAUCAACUGAAAGAACAAGAUCCACAUUACAGACUCAGAACACACCUUUUCCACGAGAGCAUCCCUAGUGGAAAUGCCUCCUUGAAACUUAGUAACCUGAGCAUGACUGACGAGGGCCCUUAUACCUGCUACGUGGGAACAGCACAAGAUGGAACAGAAGUGGAAGUGCUGCUACGUGUAAAAGCUCCUUCUUCUUAUGCACUGGAAUACCAAAAGACAAACACAGAAAGAAGACUGAAGUGCUAUGCUUUUCUCACUUAUCCAGCACCAACUAUAUCUUGGGUACAGGGCAAUAUAUCCAUCCAAGAGACAGAUCAGGAGGAAACUAGGAAUGGAAUUCUCUAUUCUCUUAGAAGUGACAAGGACAUUGUAAACACGACAGAUACUUACUACUGUCAUAUUCAUUUGGAUCAUGAAGUGUGGGCUGCUGAAUGGAAGAUGCAAGACCACCUGCCUAAGGUGGAAGGAGAGAGCACCAUAAUUUCUUGUGAUUAUGGUGGAAGGAGAGAGCACCAUAAUUCAGACGCUGCAAGCACUGAUGGUUUCAGUGUUGUCUGGACAUUACACAGAAAUGCAGUGACCUCAGUCCUGGCCUCCUUCAAUGGCACAUUUCACUCUCACCAGCCUCGAGUCCAGGUUAACGAAAGUGACUUUUCACUGAGGUUGGAUCAUCUUACUGCAGGUGACAGUGGAGAAUAUCUGUGUAAUAUCUCAACACCUCUCUACACAAAACUUGCUGUGACAACUUUGCGUAUCGAAAAAAAGGAAGAGAGGAAUCAUAUGAACACCUUGACAUACAGGAAGAAAAUAGCUCUCUGCACACAGAUACUACUAAUGUUGGUGAUGAAAAGAACCAAGAGUUCCUCCACCUUCCCCUUUGAGUUACAGUAAGAGCCACAUGCAAACGUAAUUUUCUGAGCAACAGUAAUGGCCAAAUGGGGAGGAAAAAAAGUCAAUGGACACUUGUAUGAGAAAAGUCAUGGAGCAUGGCAUCUCACCCCCUACGUGAGCUUAUCUAUUGCUUUUUAACUAGUGAGUUAACGCAAAGCAGAUAGAGCUGUCUUGUAGUGAGUUAUUUUGGCACCAUGGGAUUACCAUCUGGAAAGACAGACUGGAAUUCUGACUGACAGGCCCCGCCUUUACAAACUAUAUAAGCUACAUCAAACUUUCACAAAGCAGAAAUCUUCUGUGCAUUUUCCUGGAAAUGUGGAGUUUCUCCUCAGAGCAGGGACGCCUGCUUUGCGGUUAUUCCUCUGGUGGCUGAGUAUUUAUUUUGCUAUCAUGCACUGUUUUAUGUAAUCUACUGCUAGUUCUUUUGUUUUAUACUGUGUCAGAAUUAACUCAGGUUAAGACCUUUCAUGUGUUACCUCCUGUCUGUUCAAUAAAUAACUCCUUUUAUAAAUA